GAUCUAAUCUAGGGAGGGGCUGGUCUACUCCUCCACUUUAUGCUGCAAUGGCUCGCUGCUACUUCUUCCUUCUCCUCUCCCUGUUACUCGUAGUUCAUAGCAAAGCUCAAGUGAGCCUCUCUCCCUAUCCUGUACUGACCGGGAGAGAAGGAGACAAUCUGGAGUUUAGCUGUGAUGGAGAAGGACAGCAAAUCCUACAGAUAAAUCAUAACGUUACAGCAGUGGGAGGAAGAUUAAUGCUAGCUGGUGAGGGCAGUGGAAUGGGCAGGCUACCUGGAGUUCAAUAUCAACUGAAUGAUCUUACAAGAAAUGAUAAUGGGACCAUCAUACAGUGUUUCAGUAAUGGUGAAGGAUCUAAUGUGAUCACCAUCAUUGUAGACUUUCCUCCUCUAUAUUCUCCUGCUUCUCUCUAUUACAAUGUCAUUGAAGGGAGCAGUCCAGUACUAAGUCUAUCACUGGAUGCACCAGUAAUGCUCACAGCAUUCACAUGGAGAAGGAACGGUAUUAUAAUAAGCAGCUCUCCAGGGCUGAGUCUAUCAGCUAGUUCAAUGAGGUUCAGUAGUGUAUCAAGAGAAGACUCGGGGCUAUAUACAGUAACUGCUGUUGACUCAUUAGGGAAUGGAACUGCAACUAUCAGUUUAGAUGUCUAUUAUGCUCCAGAAUUCGCACUAUCUCCUUCAACUGAUGGUAGUAAUGUUGUCAAUAGAUCAGUUGUUGUUGGGAGCAAUACUUUACUGAAUUGCUCAGUAUCUGCUGCUAAUCCUCCAGUCACUAACUCAUCAUUGAAUUACGAGUUAACCUCAGGCUCUGGUAGUGCAAGUAAUGUUGAUACAUCUACUGGUCAUUUCUCCAUCAGUUCAGCUACUGAGGCCAAUACUGGCAGAUAUACUUGUACAGUAACCAAUCUUGUAGCAACCAGUGAACUGACUUAUAACAUCAUUGUUGGAAAUCUUCCUGAUGUUCAAUUCACUCUCUCUGUUACAUUCUCCUCUCAGUCGGUCGUCAUCAAUGGAGUGUUUACUGAUAAUAGUCCUUAUGCUGUUCAAAGGUUUCAUGUGCUGGUUGAUGGUACAACUUAUACUGUGAGAGUGUUCCCACUGAUGAUUGACCUCUCUCAAUUCAACGUUGGUACUACAUACCCAGUAGUGGUAUCUGCUGAGAAUAUAAUUGGGAAUGUAACUGUUGCUAAUAGCAGCUUUACAAUAAGAGCUCCUGUGACUCCAACUGUCCCUGUUCCCAGUAACACUCCAAGUCCUACUUCACAGCCAACUGGAGGAGCAGGGGCUCUUGCAUCUUGUGGUCUGAUGGCAAUGUUGAUGAUAGCACUGUCCCUAUACUCUGCACUGUAUUAGUUAUAUGAACUGAACAAGCUGUUGUACUGUGAUACGUAAUUUAAUUGUGUUUGUUAUUGUUCUUUUUAGUUUAUUCCUAAUAUUUGUCGCGAAUCGUUA